AGAGAUAGCAAAGGUUAGCGUGAGCCUGGGGGCGGGGAGAGGCUCUGCACCUGCCCGCAGUCUCCAGAGGGACCCUCGGUCCGCCCUCCAGGCAUGGACCCCCCUGAGGGGCGCACCAGGUGCCCUGCCCGCGGGAAGUGCCCCGUGUACCUGGCAGUGAGCUCAGGGACUGUUCGCUAUGCCCCAUCAGGUCCGGGCCCUGCGCUCGAGGGGGACGUGGGAGAGGAGCCCCAGGACACAGACAGCCAGCCCCACCCGGACGAGGGCCACCCCCCGCCCCUCGAAGCUGUCCCGGUCUCCUGGAAGAGCGUGGGCUCCUGCCAGAGCUGCAGGGAGUCCCCGGGAGCCCUGGCGGAGACCUCUGCAGGGGAGGGGGCCCAAGGCGAGGAGGGCCCUGCCGCCGCCCAGCUGGACGUGUCGCGCCUGCGCAGCUCGUCCAUGGAGAUCCGCGAGAAGGGCUCGGAGUUCCUGAAGGAGGAGCUGCACAAAGCCCAGAAGGAGCUAAAGCUGAAGGAUGAGGAGUGUGAGCGGCUGUCCAAGGUCCGGGAGCAGCUGGAGCGGGAGCUGGAGGAGCUGACGGCCAGCCUGUUUGAGGAAGCCCACAAGAUGGUUCGAGAAGCCAACACGAAGCAGGCAGCGUCAGAAAAGCAGCUGAAAGAGGCUCGGGGCAAGAUCGACAUGCUGCAGGCGGAGGUGACAGCCUUGAAGACACUGGUCAUCACGUCCACGCCCGCCUCUCCCAACCGCGAGCUGCACCCUCAGCUGCUGAGCCCCACCAAGUCCGGGCCCCGCAAGGGCCACUUGCGCCAUAAGAGCACCAGCAGCGCCCUCUGCCCCAUCGCGUGCCCCGCUGCAGGCCACAUCCUCCCCCCGGACAAGGAAGGCAAAGAGCCCGGGCUGCCCCCCCUCCUGUCCCUGCUCCUCUGUGUGGUCCCCAGUAAGGCGGUCCACCUCACCUACGAGCCGGCCUGGCAGCUCCCGCCUGGGGAGCGGCCCGCAGCCCCCACCUCCGCUUCCUCUCUCUCCUGUUCCCGACAGGUAAUGGCUCCAGAGGUCCCCCCUCUGUCCCUCUGCCUCACUCACUCUGCAUGCACCCGAGCGCCCGUGUUCCCUCCCGUGUGCGCGUGCUUGCGUGUGCGGGGCCUGGGGAGGGUUUGGGGGGGUCCAUCCCAGGGAGCCCUUGGCCUGCCCCGUCCUUGGCUUGGCCCUGGGCUCCUUGGGAGGCUGGGCCUGGGGAGAGGACGCCAGGUCCGCCCCCAUGUCUGUCUGCUGCCCCUCCCACUGCGCCUUCUCCCGGCUGCGCAUCCCCCGCAUGAGCUGGCGGGUGAGCCCAGCCGGCCCCAUGGCCCCUCUGCUUCCCCCAGCACAUGUGCCCUGAGCGGGUUGGCCCGUGCCUGUCGCCACCGAAUCCGGCUCGGGGACUCCGAGAGUCACUACUACAUCUCGCCAUCGUCCCGGGCCAGGAUCACCGCUGUGUGCAACUUCUUCACCUACAUCCGCUACAUCCAGCAAGGCCUGGUGCGGCAGGACGCAGAGCCCAUGUUCUGGGAGAUCACCAGGCUGCGGAAGGAGAUGUCGCUGGCCAAGCUGGGCUUCUUCCCCCAGGAGGCCUAGCCUGGCCCAGGACCGACGGGCGGACAGGAGGACGGUGCGGGAGCCAGCCCGGAGCCAGAAGCUGCACAGACGGACACACGGCCAGGCGAGGAGGCGUGCUGAGCCAGUCCCACGCGCCAUCCCAGGGAGACAGGACCCCUUCCCAGUGGCACAGCCACCACGAGGCUGGAAGGCACCGGAGACCGAGGACCCGGACCCACACUCGAGGGCUCAGCUUUCGGGAGGGGACCCCUGGGCCAGCCGGCACCCUCCGCCCCAGUUUCGGGAGCUGCUGCCUGCAGGUGCCUGCGGCUGCUGGGCAGCCUGGUCUCCUGGUAUUGCCCACCCAGCUCCCAAGCCCUGCGCACCAGCACCCCCUUGUGGCCAUCCCUCGCCCCAUCCCAGUGGGCCCGCCGUCCUAAGUGCCCAUGGGGCAGUGGUGCUAGGAGGGGCCGCCAGGGACUUCCACGCCAGCUGGCACCUGCUUGAGAACUGCCUCCAAGUUCCUCCGAUGGACAAGGCCCCUCCCAUGUGACCUGCCCCUGCCCCUGCCCCUCUGAGCCCUGUGCUCCGGGAGGCACCGCCCCCACCGCCGCUGGAAGGACCGGGGCACUUUUCCCCCAAAGCAAAGCACAGCCAAGGCCUCAUGGCGCCAAGCCUGCUAUCAGCUGAGGGUGGCCCUUCAGACAGCAUGGACCGAGGUCAUCAAGCCCUGCCCGCAGGACAGGGGUGGGACAGGCAGGCCCCAGGCCCCCCUCCCCCCUCACAGCCCAUUCAGGGCCCGGCUACCACCUGGACACAUCCCUCACCACGUCCAGUUUCCGCCUCUGAAUGGAAUGCAGCGCAUCUCUAUUUAAUAAAGGAAGCCUUUGUUGGUAGAGGCGGGGCAGCCACGCGCCUUCGCUCCUGUGCCCGGGGCUCGGGCCAAGGCUCGGGCAUCUACAGGGACGAAA